AUGAAUUCAUUACCUCGAUUGACAAGUUAAAGCAUAAAUUGUCACAUUAACAACAACUCAGAUUUCUUAAGUGGAAGAAGAUUUUAACUUGGAGAAAAUGUCCUAUACAGAAUACAUAAGCAGGCUUUAUCAGAAUAUUUGAAGUCCGGAGUUAUUGACUAGAAAAUAGUUCAAUUAAAUUUGCUCAAACUGAGUAAACUAAAUAGCGAAGAUCUUUCUAUAUUGAAAGAUGUCUAUAAAUAAGCUUAUUCUAGUAGAUUUGAAUAAUAAUAAGCAAAAAAUAUAUUAUCUAAAGUAAAGAUAAUUAAAUAAUUCAAGAUAAAGACUCAAAGACAUCCAAAAAACUUAAAUUUGAAUGAAAAGAAUUAAGUAGAACUAAGUUAGGAAGAAAUAGAUUUUAUGUCAGUUGAAGAACAAUUGUACUAUUUAUACAGAUAUUCAAUAGAAAACAAUGUCUAAGAUCUAAAAUAAACACAUCUAAGGUCUUUAAUGGAACCUACCUCAUAGAUCCAACUAUAAAUGAUCUUAAGAAAAUUAAUUUUCAAGGAAAGAGAUAAUUGCAUAAUUUACUAAAUAUAGAACCUAAGAAAAAAUUAUAGAAAAAAACAUCAAUGUUGCAAAGAUAAUCUAGCAUCUUAAACCCUUUGCAUUGUAGAAAGCCAUCCAUACAUAGUAUGGAAGUGGAAGAUGUUACUGAAUACAUGUCAUCCAAAAUAUUGGAAUCAAAAGCUAACAUUGAUUAAUUAGUGGAAAGAUUUAAAAAACCUGAAAUAUCAGAAAAAUAAUAAUACUUCUUUAGGUUAGUCUAAAAUUGUGAUUGCAAAGCGAUAUAAUCAUUCUUUUAGGAUAUUUCUUAUGAUCCAUCCAUUAUAAAUACGCCAGAUGAAGUACUUUUUGUGAAAAAAAUUAUUUUAGAAAGGAUUUUAUUCAAUUCACAUAGCAAUUAAGAAACAGAAUCCAUAAUUGCUAAUGUUACUUUUAAAAAACGGUGCAAGAACUGAUUUACUAACUAAGAAUGGAAAGUCAGUAUAAUAGCUUAGUUUAAUUUAUCAGAAUUCGGAAAUUUUAGAAAUUUUAGAAGGACUAAAAUAUUAUUAAUGA